UCACUCCCAUUCACAGACCCUAAAAAGUUAAACCAAAGAAGAAGAAAUGGAGGUGGAAACGGAGAUGACGAACAACGUGAUGUGUCUAUUGACGGACCCGGAAGGGACUCCGUUAGGAGCUCCCAUGUAUCUUCCUCAGAACGCUGGUCCGCAGCAGCUCCAACAAAUCGUUAAUAAGCUUCUCAACAACGAGGAGAAAUUACCGUAUGCUUUUUAUAUAUCAGAUCAAGAACUGCUUGUGGCCCUUGGAACUUACUUAGAGAAACACAAAGUUUCUGUGGAGAAGGUGCUGUCGAUAGUUUAUCAACCACAAGCUAUUUUCAGAAUUCGUCCGGUGAAUCGUUGUUCAGCUACAAUUGCUGGUCAUACGGAAGCUGUGCUUUCUGUAGCUUUUAGUCCUGAUGGGCGACAGUUGGCAAGUGGUUCGGGUGAUACCACCGUUCGAAUAUGGGACCUCAAUACCCAGACACCAAUGUACACAUGCACAGGACACAAGAAUUGGGUUCUUUGUAUAGCUUGGUCACCUGAUGGAAAGCACCUUGUGAGUGGGAGCAAGGCUGGAGAACUUCAAUGUUGGGAUCCGGAGACAGGAAAGCCAUCAGGCAAUCCACUCACCGGUCACAAGAAAUGGAUUACUGGUAUCUCUUGGGAGCCAAUCCACUUGAAUUCUCCUAGUCGUCGCUUUGUAAGUUCUAGCAAAGAUGGCGAUGCACGCAUAUGGGACGUUACUUUGAGGAAAUGUGUUAUUUGUCUUAGCGGCCACACACUUGCAGUGACUUGUGUGAAAUGGGGUGGAGAUGGAGUGAUAUACACAGGCUCUCAGGAUUGUACUAUAAAAGUCUGGGAAACUACACAAGGGAAACUGAUUCGUGAACUGAAGGGUCAUGGACAUUGGGUUAAUUCCCUUGCAUUGAGCACCGAAUAUGUUCUUCGGACUGGAGCUUUUGAUCAUAUGGGCAAACAGUAUUCCUCUCAUGAGGAAAUGAAGAAGGUUGCACUGGAGAGGUAUAACAAAAUGAAAGGCAAUGCUCCUGAAAGAUUGGUUUCAGGAUCUGAUGAUUUUACCAUGUUCCUCUGGGAACCUGCUGUCAGCAAACACCCCAAAACUCGCAUGACAGGUCAUCAACAGCUUGUGAACCAUGUUUACUUUUCACCUGAUGGGCAAUGGGUGGCAAGUGCCUCAUUUGAUAAGUCUGUCAAGUUAUGGAAUGGUACAACAGGGAAAUUCGUUGCUGCUUUUCGGGGCCAUGUUGGGCCUGUUUAUCAGAUCAGCUGGUCUGCAGAUAGUAGGCUUCUCUUAAGUGGUAGAAAAGAUUCCACACUGAAGGUCUUUGCUGUUGAUUGGAGUCCAGAUGAUGAGAAAGUUGUCUCUGGUGGUAAGGACAGAAUCGUAUCUCUGGAUGUUCUAUUUGUGUUGGAGGACGAGUUGGUUGAUGACUUAUAG